AUGGAUCACCCGAUUGUUCAUCCUGGACUCGUGUCACAUGAGCUACUUACGCUCCAGGCGGCCCAUAGGUCAUUACGUAUAUGGAAUGGAGAGUUGCUUAGCCAAAACAUACACUUGCGAUGCAUUGAUGAUUUUUGGGAUCUUAUUAGGGAUCAUCCACUAUAUCAGUGCACAAUCGCGUGCCUCACUCGAACAGGUUUUUACCGAGUCAUCGAGGUUGGUCGGUUACCGUUCAACUGUCCAUUGAUCACAAAUCUGAUCGAGCUAUGGAGGCCAGAGAUACACAUAUUCCAUUUGCCUAUCGGUGAGGCCAUUAUCACGUUACAGGACGUAGAGGUUUUAUUUGGGCUGCCCGUUGACGAUCUUGUUGUUCACUACCCGCCUGCGAUUAGGAAGUAUAGGAGGCUUGACUAUAUACAGCUACUGGAGAGGCUCACUGGAUUCCAUCCGAUUGAGGAGUCUACGAUCAGUGGAGUUAGCCGAUUACGGUUAUUGCCUGUGAGCCAGCACCUUGAGACGCUACACGAGUAG